AUGAGGAAGAAGGCGUCGCAGCAGAAGUUGAUAAACAGAUGGAAGAGGAAGGUGUUGGCGACGUUGAUUUUCGCUUUCUGCUUGGGGAGUUUCGCGUUUAUUCAAGCUCGUUACGGUGGAAUCACUGCGUCGCUCGAGUCUCUCAAGCCUCGUCUCGAUCGGAAACCACAGAUUGCCUUCUUGUUCAUUGCCCGGAACCGGCUCUCUCUCGAUUUUGUCUGGGAUGCUUUCUUUCUGGGUGAGGAUGGCAAGUUCUCAAUAUAUGUUCACUCUAGACCUGGAUUCGUUCUCAGCGAGGCAACAACUCGAUCCAAGUACUUCUUGAAUCGGCAAGUUAACGACAGUAUACAGGUGGACUGGGGAGAAGCCACCAUGAUUGAAGCAGAACGUGUGUUACUCAGACAUGCACUUAGAGAUCCAUUUAAUCACCGCUUUGUUUUUCUUUCUGAUAGCUGCAUUCCUCUGUACAGUUUCAGCUACACUUAUAACUACAUCAUGUCAACACCAACUAGUUUCGUUGAUAGCUUUGCAGAUAAAAAAGAUAGCCGUUAUAAUCCUAGAAUGAAUCCCAUAAUUCCUGUUCAUAACUGGAGAAAAGGAUCACAGUGGGUCGUUCUGAAUAGAAAACACGCAGAAAUUGUGGUGAAUGAUACCGUCGUCUUACCUAUGUUUCAGCAGCAUUGCAGGAGGAAAUCACUUCCAGAGUUUUGGCGAGAUCGUCCUGUACCAGCUGAAGGUUGGAAGGAACACAAUUGUAUACCAGAUGAGCACUACGUUCAGACAUUGCUAGCUCAAAAGGGUGUAGAAAGCGAACUCACACGGCGGUCACUGACACAUUCAGCUUGGGACCUUUCUUCUUCUAAAAGUAAUGAACGUCGUGGAUGGCAUCCCAUGACUUACAAGUUCUCUGAUGCUACUCCUCAGCUUGUACAGUCCAUUAAGGGAAUUGACAAUAUCAACUAUGAGACGGAAUACAGGCGAGAAUGGUGUAGCAGUAAAGGGAAACCGUCACCGUGUUUCCUCUUCGCCAGGAAGUUCACUCGUCCCGCCGCUCUCCGCCUCCUCCGUGAGUCUGUCUUGUUGAAGGACAAAGAGCAAGAAAGUUAA